AUGUCGUCCUCCAACUUGCCUAUGAGCGCCCUCUGCUCCGCCACUCCUUCGCUUGAUCACACUCCUCCUCGCUCUCACUCCUCCCUCACGAUCACACUCCUCCUCGCUCUCACUCCUCCCUCACGAUCACACUCCUCGCUCUCACUCCUCCCUCACGAUCACACUCCUCCUCGCUCUCACUCCUCCCUCACGAUCACACUCCUCCUCGCUCUCACUCCUCCCUCACGAUCACACUCCUCCUCGCUCUCACUCCUCCCUCACGAUCACACUCCUCCUCGCUCUCACUCCUCCCUCACGAUCACACUCCUCCUCGCUCUCACUCCUCCCUCACGAUCACACUCCUCCUCGCUCUCACUCCUCCCUCACGAUCACACUCCUCCUCGCUCUCACUCCUCCCUCAUGAUCACACUCCUCCUCGCUCUCACUCCUCCCUCACGAUCACACUCCUCCUCGCUCUCACUCCUCCCUCACGAUCACACUCCUCCUCGCUCUCACUCCUCCCUCACGAUCACACUCCUCCUCGCUCUCACUCCUCCCUCACGAUCACACUCCUCCUCGCUCUCACUCCUCCCUCACGAUCACACUCCUCCUCGCUCUCACUCCUCCCUCACGAUCACACUCCUCCUCGCUCUCACUCCUCCCUCACGAUCACACUCCUCCUCGCUCUCACUCCUCCCUCACGAUCACACUCCUCCUCGCUCUCACUCCUCCCUCACGAUCACACUCCUCCUCGCUCUCACUCCUCCCUCACGAUCACACUCCUCCUCGCUCUCACUCCUCCCUCACGAUCACACUCCUCCUCGCUCUCACUCCUCCCUCACGAUCACACUCCUCCUCGCUCUCACUCCUCCCUCACGAUCACACUCCUCCUCGCUCUCACUCCUCCCUCACGAUCACACUCCUCCUCGCUCUCACUCCUCCCUCACGAUCACACUCCUCCUCGCUCUCACUCCUCCCUCACGAUCACACUCCUCCUCGCUCUCACUCCUCCCUCACGAUCACACUCCUCCUCGCUCUCACUCCUCCCUCACGAUCACACUCCUCCUCGCUCUCACUCCUCCCUCACGAUCACACUCCUCCUCGCUCUCACUCCUCCCUCACGAUCACACUCCUCCUCGCUCUCACUCCUCCCUCACGAUCACACUCCUCCUCGCUCUCACUCCUCCCUCACGAUCACACUCCUCCUCGCUCUCACUCCUCCCUCACGAUCACACUCCUCCUCGCUCUCACUCCUCCCUCACGAUCACACUCCUCCUCGCUCUCACUCCUCCCUCACGAUCACACUCCUCCUCGCUCUCACUCCUCCCUCACGAUCACACUCCUCCUCGCUCUCACUCCUCCCUCACGAUCACACUCCUCCUCGCUCUCACUCCUCCCUCACGAUCACACUCCUCCUCGCUCUCACUCCUCCCUCACGAUCACACUCCUCCUCGCUCUCACUCCUCCCUCACGAUCACACUCCUCCUCGCUCUCACUCCUCCCUCACGAUCACACUCCUCCUCGCUCUCACUCCUCCCUCACGAUCACACUCCUCCUCGCUCUCACUCCUCCCUCACGAUCACACUCCUCCUCGCUCUCACUCCUCCCUCACGAUCACACUCCUCCUCGCUCUCACUCCUCCCUCACGAUCACACUCCUCCUCGCUCUCACUCCUCCCUCACGAUCACACUCCUCCUCGCUCUCACUCCUCCCUCACGAUCACACUCCUCCUCGCUCUCACUCCUCCCUCACGAUCACACUCCUCCUCGCUCUCACUCCUCCCUCACGAUCACACUCCUCCUCGCUCUCACUCCUCCCUCACGAUCACACUCCUCCUCGCUCUCACUCCUCCCUCACGAUCACACUCCUCCUCGCUCUCACUCCUCCCUCACGAUCACACUCCUCCUCGCUCUCACUCCUCCCUCACGAUCACACUCCUCCUCGCUCUCACUCCUCCCUCACGAUCACACUCCUCCUCGCUCUCACUCCUCCCUCACGAUCACACUCCUCCACGCUCUCACUCCUCCCUCACGAUCACACUCCUCCUCGCUCUCACUCCUCCCUCACGAUCACACUCCUCCUCGCUCUCACUCCUCCCUCACGAUCACACUCCUCCUCGCUCUCACUCCUCCCUCACGAUCACACUCCUCCCGAUCACACUCCUCCUACCUCUCACUCAAACGCAUCUGGUGUGGUGUUAGAGGGUGGACGGGAGGAAAGGAACGGGGAAGGGGCGAAACAGCAGACGGGAGAGACGAGGUGAAAUAG